GUUCCGAUCAAUAAUUUUGCUGACAGUGACAGCGGAUUUUGGUCAGCAGUUACUGUCACUCGCUAUUUGUUAUUAUUUUUUUCGGCAAAUUGCUCGGAUUUGCUUAGAUAUAUUUUUUUUAUAAUAUGUUUAUUUCUAAGUAAAACAGCAAAAUACGUAAAAUGGAUGAAGAAGCGAUUGAAAAUAUAAGAGAAACAAGUCGUAAUACACUGGUGUUGAACAGAAGAAAGCAUCGAGACGAAGUGGCUGAUGUACGGCGAUCUAUGCAUUCUUUGCGCACAAAUUCAGACACAAUCACACAGAUUGCUAAUAAGCUGAAGACUAAAGCACCAAUCAGCUUGCCGGAGCUCAACACCUUGAAGAAUGCCCUGAUAGAUGAUCCUAUCAACGUUGAAGUGGUGUUACAUACUCAUGGAGCUCUCCGAGGCUUGGUGCGGGAAAUGACUGGUCAUGAAGCGAACAAGCAGUGUGCGGCAGUGGGCUGCAUCUGUAACCUGGCCCUCGGAGAUGCUAGAGCUGGAUAUGCCGUGGCUAAGGCUGCCGGCCCAUAUCUUAUUGCCGCCCUUGAUAAUCUCACCACUGAGUAUGCUGUGACCAGUGCAUGGACUCUAGGCAACCUGGCUGGCUCCGGGCCCAAGGCGUGUGAUCUGCUGGUGUCUCAAGGCUCCAUCGCCAAGCUGACGGAUCUGCUCAUCAGCAAUAAUGAGGAUACGAGGGAGGGUGUGCUGUACGCUCUGGUGCGGUUUGCUCAUCAAUUGCGGGAUGAGUUCAGAAUGGAGUAUCUCCACCGAAUCCUGCAGACUCUCCCGAAUUUAAAGAUGGCGGCAUCCUCACAGCUUCUCUUCAUACUGUCCUGUCACCGAGACUUCACAAACCACUUCAUCACUGAAGAGUUUCUGCUCAAGAUCUUACGAUACCUAGGUGUAAGUAUCGAGAAAUCUAUCGAAAACCCUAACAUUGUGUACUUAUUUAGAUUCCUAGCGAAUUUGAACUGUAUCGAAGUAUUUAGCAUAGUGUUAAGCAAUCUCUUGGCUAAUAAUAAGGUUAAUGUGCUAAAAAAAUUGAUGGAGACUGAAAAUGUGAGCGAUUCUGUAUUGUGGUUCUUAGGCAAUGCUUAUAAGUGUUGUAGCAAUCAUGAAUUCUUUGCAGUAUUAUUGCGGUGAUUUAAAUAAAGACUUUUUUUACUGAA